CACCAGACCGUGACCUUUUGUUGUAAAAGUUGUCAAUGGUAGCCUCCGCAGUUAGACGUCCAUUGCAAUGGAGUUAUUUGAAACGUUGAAAAAAGUGACGCUGGAUUCCUAUCGCAUUCAUCACUUGGUUGCAAUAUUUAGCUUGGUCUAUGUUAUUCUUAAAAUCUCAAAACUUAUUGUCAAAAGGAAUGAAUGGAUUCGGGGGCUCGAGAAAUUCCCAGGACCACCAAAACACUGGUUUUUCGGGCAUGUCCGAGAGUUUAAAGAAGAUGGGACCGAUUUGGAUAAAGUUGUACAAUGGGGAGAAUCGUACCCCCUUGCAUUUCAAAUGUGGUUUGGUCCAUUUGUUUCCAUCCUCAAUAUUCACCACCCAGAUUAUGUCAAAACCAUCCUGGCAUCAACAGAGCCCAAAGAUGACCUUUCAUAUAGAUUUCUUAUUCCAUGGAUAGGGGAUGGUUUACUGGUGUCUAAAGGUCAGAAAUGGUUCCGCCACAGAAGACUCCUGACCCCUGGCUUCCAUUACGAUGUUUUAAAGCCCUAUGUCAAACUGAUGGCUGAUUCUGCCAAAACUAUGCUGGACAAAUGGGAGACUCACUCAAAAUCUGACGAGUCAUUUGAGUUAUUUGAGCAUGUGAGCCUCAUGACACUGGACAGCAUUAUGAAGUGUGCCUUCAGCUCCAACACUAACUGCCAGACAGUGCGAGGGGGAGAGAGUGGAACCAACUCGUACAUCAAGGCUGUGUACGAGCUCAGUGAUCUAGUGAGUGUCCGCUUACGGACCUUUCCCUACCACAGCGAGUGGAUUUUCCAACUUAGCCCACAUGGGUACAAAUACAGGAAAGCAUGCAAUGUUGCACACAGUCAUACAGAGGAAAUCAUACGAAAGCGAAAAGAAGCCUUGAAGGACGAAAAGGAACUGGGCAGGAUACAGGCUAAGAGAAACCUGGACUUUCUGGAUAUACUGCUCUGCGCGCGAGACGAGGACCAGCAGGGCCUGUCGGAUGAGGCUAUCCGAGCGGAGGUGGACACCUUCAUGUUCGAGGGCCACGACACUACUGCCAGUGGGAUCUCCUGGACCCUGUACAGCCUGGCGUGCAACCCGGAGCACCAGCAGAUCUGCAGGGACGAGGUCAUCAGCGCCCUGGAGGGGAGGAACACCAUGGAAUGGGAAGAUCUCAGUCAAAUACCGUACACAACCAUGUGUAUAAAGGAAUCCCUCCGCCUCUACCCUCCCGUACCCGGGAUUUCCAGGAAGAUAACCAAACCCAUGACGUUCUUCGAUGGGAGGACUGUGCCUGAAGGUUGUCUUGUUGGAACCAGCAUUUAUGGCAUUCAUAGGAACGCAACCGUUUGGGAGAACCCUAACGCAUUCGACCCACUCCGAUUUCUGCCUGAGAACUCUGCAAAAAGAUCCCCCCAUGCCUUUGUCCCCUUCUCUGCCGGCCCGAGAAACUGCAUUGGGCAGAACUUUGCCAUGAAUGAGAUGAAGGUGGUGGUGGCACAGACGCUGAGGCGAUAUCAGCUGACCGAGGACCCAAUGAAGAAGCCAAAAAUGAUUCCAAGACUGGUGCUCCGCUCACUCAAUGGGAUCCAUCUGAAAAUCAAACCUGUCGAUCUUGAACCAUAAGGAAUGUUAUCGUUGCACUUGUAUUAUCAGACAUAGGCUACUGUUUACGGAUUGUUCAUAUAAUUGUGUUUUUAACAUGCUAAUACGCCAGGAAAUGGGAAAUAAAACUAAUGUUAGAUUUAAGGAAUAUUUUUCAAAUAUUAACUUAUCUCAAAACUGUAUUCAGAAUUUUAAUUUAAAUAUCCAUGUAAAGGGAAUUUUAUAGAAUGUCUUAUACAAAGAUGAAUUUAACACUAAUUUGUAAACUACAUUAUGUUACUAAUAUUUUGCCAGUAACUAACUGCCUAAAUGUUGUUAGUUUGUCCUUUUGACAUAUAGCCUAUGGUAAGUCAGUGAUGUGACAUUUUGAAAAGGAAUAGACAUAGGAUUGAGUUUUUAAUGUUAUUCUCAGUAUUUCAAAUAAACGUGGCUUGCAAACCACUCAGGAAA